AUGUCCACCCUGUACCCGUCUCUGGAGGACCUGAAGGUGGACCAAGCCAUGCAGGCCGAGGCCAGAGCCGUACCCAGGAUGCCCGCCCUGCCCUGCCGGGGCAGGGAGCAGACUCCCCCAUCAGUUUUGUACCCAAACCUGGCGGAAUUGGAAAGUUAUAUGGGUCUUUCGUUCUCCAGCCACGAAGUCCAGCAGAACCUGCCUCAGAUUCCAGAAGGUGCCAGUGCAGCGGUCUCGGGCCCCUCACCGGACCAGGUGGUGGCGCCGGUGUCCGGGAACAGCAUGGGCGUGCUGCCUGGGGAGGUCAAGCCUGGGGUGCGCGAGAUCCACCUGUACAAGGACGAGCGCGGCAAGACGGGGCUGCGGCUGCGGGCCAUCAACAAGGGGCUCUUUGUGCAGCUGGUCCAGGCCAACACCCCCGCGUCCCUGGUGGGGCUGCACUUUGGGGACCAGAUCCUGCAGAUUGACGGGCGCAACUGUGUCGGGUGGAGCACAGACAAAGCCCACCGGGUGGUGAAGAAGGCGUCGGCUGAGAAGAUUGUCAUGGUUGUUCGGGACAGGACAUUCCAGUGGAUCGUCACCAUGCACAAGGACAGCACAGGCCACGUCGGCUUCGCCAUCAAGAAGGGGAAGGUCAUCUCUUUGGUCAAAGGGAGUUCUGCAGCCCGCAGUGGGCUCCUCAUCAACCACUACGUGUGCGAGGUGAACGGGCAGAACGUCAUUGGGCUGAAGGACAAAGAAGUCAUGGAGAUUCUGGCCACAGCCGGGAACUUCAUCAACCUGGCCAUCAUCCCCACUGUGAUCUAUGAGCACAUGGUCAGAAAGUUGUCCCCAACCUUGCUCCACCACACCAGGGACCACACCAUCCCUGACAUCUGAAGCCACAGGAGAGCAGCUCAGCCCUCUCACCCUCCAGCAAGAAAGGGAGA